AUGGUUUCCCUGGUGCCGCUGAUAUUCAUAGCUGUAGUGCUGCAGUCGUGGACGGCGGCGUUGACUGACAGCAAGCACAGACGCCACCAGGAAGAUGCAUCGCACGCCGACGGCAGCUACACACACACCGCGGUGAAUCGCUCAAAAGGAGGCUUACAAGGAGGCGGUCGUUCCACUCACCAGCAUCACAGCCAUGCGGAAACUGCAGAAGACCGCCACCGUGGAUAUCGCAAGCUGGGAGCGCUGUCUAAGCAAGUAUCGCUCCUCCAGGCUGCUCCGCACAUGCUGGUAGACAAGACUGCGGACGGCACAACUGUAACGAACCCGGGAAGUCAAACCAGCUACUCCCAGACGUUGGCGUCUGCUUCAAGUACGGCAGCAGGGGUAAACGUCGAGCCACAGGGCCAAACGGCUGCAGCCUCUAACGUGGCGCCCACCCAAGGAGCGAACCAAAUUGCGCCAGUAAAUGGACUUGCCAACCCGGAAAUAGCACCGGAUAACGCAGAAGAAAACAAUGGGCCAACGGAUUUUGCAUGUAAAUUCUUGUGGUUCCUGUUCAAAGAGUGCAACAAGCCAGCCCCCGCCACCCAGGAUGCAAAUGCACAGAGCAACGCUGCUACAGAUAUUGCAGAUGACCAGCAACCGGUCCCGCCGGUGGUGUCCUCAUCGUGUACCAUAUACGGCACCACGGUGUUAUCGCUAGACGACUUCAAAGACCCGGAAGAAAAUGGAUGGAUACUUGUCAACGACUCCAAUGCGCCCAGAAUCACGCACAACAAACAAGUCAACUUGGACAAGCCGGCGCAACUGCAGCUAAAGGCCACGCUGUGCAACGCCGCCACUUACGAGGCAACAAUCAAACUGGGCGUUGAUAGCAGCGGUGGUUUUAUAAUCCGAGGCUCCGAUCAGGAUUUCGUGGUAUUCGAGAUGAACACGCUGGCCAAGACCGCCACGCUCAAGAGCAUCAACGGCGCGUACCAGGACAUUAUUAGCGAAGUGGCCUGCGUAAGCUGUUGUUCGUUGGUUAAUAUGCGCGGCAGGACAAAAUUAACAGCCAAUUUAUACAGAAGUGAGCGCAGGAAUGCCGCCAUAUUCUUCAGGCAAAUCGAUAUCCUCAUCGACGGCCGCAAAAUUACGUCGACGUCAAGAAUGCCGUACAAGUCAUCCGGUUACUUCGGAUUCUACAUCGCUCAAGGAAACGCAACUUUCGGAGACCUCUCCGUCGUGCCGAUAAACGAAUGA